CCGAGAAUCAAUUAUCCAUUCAAUUCAACCCUUUUGCUAUAAGUAAACGUUCUGGUGAGGGCAUCAACUCUUGUCUCUGGUUCUCUGUCGAACGUGGCUCUACUGCACUGUUCGAAUCCAUAGCGAGUUGGAGAAUUACUGUCGCAUAGCAAUAUCUUAAUAUCUCGGAACGAUGAACGCAUCAGGACUCGGCCUCCGGGCUCUACGGCAAGUUGCCGUUAAGAAGCCCAAUGCCCUCUUCUUGGAGAACCUCCCUCGCCUUGCUAUGACAUCGAAUGCCGCGAGCCUACAGAUCAGAGCCGCAUCCACCCAGAAGCUCUCCGAGAACGACGCCCAAUCGCUCCUCGCGGCGCAACGACGCGAGCGGCCCGUAGCCCCCCACCUAACAGCCUACGACUACACCCAGACGUGGUUCGGCGCCUCGAUCUGGACCCGUAUCACGGGCCAGACCCUCAGCGUCUCCCUCUACUCCUUCUCGAUCGCCUACCUUGUCGCCCCCCUCACCGGCUGGCACAUCGAAUCCGCCACCCUGGCCGAAGCCGCCGCCUCCCUGCCCCCUCUCGCCUUCGCCGGCCUCAAGACCAUCGCCGCCUGGCCCUUCUUCUUCCACUUCGCCAACGGCGUCCGCCAUCUCACCUGGGACCUCGCCUACGGCUUCAAGAAGGAGACUAUCGAGAAGACGAGCUACGUCGUCUUGGGCGUUAGCGUACUCGCUACUCUGGGUGCUGUUUUCCUGCUAUGAUCGAUCUUGUUUGAUACGAGGAUUAAGGCAAGACGAUGGGGGAGGGGGAGGGGGAGAGUAUACUGGUAUUGACAACAGGUUGAUGGCUUCGAAUUGGGGGGGAGCAGGAGGGGGCUGUAUUGGAUGAUGUAGACUACGAAGAGAUCAAUCACCAGGUCCAAUUGGUCAUUCGUCCGUUAACGGAGCGAUUAGACCUGAUAGGUUAGAAGAAACCUGUACGAAUCAGUUCAUAUGCGCAUGUCACCUGGAAUACAAUAUGAAUAUUCCCUUUGUCUGCAUGAUCUGCUUGGCAAUAUUUACUAGUCGCAUGUUAAGAGAUAUUGAUAUAGAUUAACUACUUGUUUUACUGGCAACCUAAA